AACAAGACGUACGCCAGUCUACGCUGAACCCUCGUUCUGGGCGAGCGGUCUCGGGUUCGGAUUCGCGUUUGUUUAUGUCAUAAGAGCGAAAUAAUUCGCUCACACUUUAUACACACACACACUCUCAUACACACACACUCACACAUACACCGAAAUACAUACAUAUACAUGUACAUAUACACUGCCGCCAGCCAAGAUGAGCAAAUAUUUGGACUUGGGCCUUGGCAUUACAAUAAUCAAUGUCUACUAUUCGCUAUCAUAUUUUCUAAUGUGGUGCGUGGCACUGCAAAAAGCAAGCGACAAUGACAGUGAGCCGAUUGUUUGGCAAGCCGUUUACAUGGGCAACGUGUUUCUCAAUGUAUUUCUCUUCUUGGGACUGCGCAAGAGAGAUCGCUGGUCGGUCAUCAUUUGGUACUCUUUGACGUUGGCGUGGUUUGUGCCCAAGCUAUAUGGACAUAUACGGGGUUGUCAUCUGGACGCGCGCGGUUCAACGUACCGUACUAUCAAUCUGAUAAUGGAAACCUAUGUGAUUCUAUCUUUUGCUGUUAUGGCUUUGGUUUAUGUGCAUUUGCCCAAAGAGUUGCCUUUAACAAAAAAUAAACGCCGCAGAUAUAGCUCAAACGGACAUGUUCAGGAUGUACAAAUGCUGGAAUUGAACUUAAAUGGGGAUGCCAAAGCGCCCGCUUUGGCACCCUUAGCAACUGCCGAAGUGGAUGACGACCUGGAUGAAUGCCUGCCAAGCAGCAGCAACGGCCACAGCAACAGCAACAAUAAUAGAGGCAUGCAACAAGUUAGCAGCAUUGAAUUUCAUCAAGCUGAUGAUGCGGAACUGGAUAAAGAUUAGCAUACUGUACAAAUUUCUAUAUGUGUAUGUAUGUGUAUAUAUGUACAUAUAUUUAUUUAUAUAUAUCUAUGCAUAUAUGCGUAUAUCUUAUAUACAUAUAUCUGUAACAUUCCUGCACAAUUUCAAGUGUUUGUCACAAAUUUCUGAUUCGUUCCACUUAUGCUUAGACUACAGACUUUAUACACAUACACACACACACACACCAACAUAUGUAUACAUAUACUUCUAGACAUAUACUUAUACAUAUUAUGUACUCUCAGUUGUUAAGUUUUUUAGAUUAGUAUACAUACUAGCUGUAAUGGGAGGAGAGACAAUAAUAAUACAACAACAAAAUCAUGUAAUACUACUCUCGUUGAGAGUGCUUGACUAAUAAAUACCCUGUACAAUGCA